CACCGAACCGUACGCGUCCGUCAUGCGCACGAUGGGGUAUUUUUGAGUAGGGUUAACAAACACGAUAAACGUCCAUGCAUGUAGCCUAUAUGUCUGCGGCGGUGCACGCGCGGCUGAUAUGAGGUUUGGUAUUCCAUGCAGCAGCCUCCCACGCGCCGCUACCGCCCACGCCAGGAUCUGCGUCACGCAGCCGCGUGGGAGUGAGAGAGCAAUGUAGCAAGCGCGGAAUAUCCCAAUUCUGGCAGUAGGGGAGAGAGCGGAAAGCGACUAGUUUGAGAGUCCCUCUGUUUGUCGGUUGUUUAAACGAAAGAGUGCGCGAGAGUCGAACAGUUGAAGUACGCGACCAGCGCGUGACACGCAUUCUCUCACGCGCCAACGGGACGUCAGGUGAAACGUCGUCCAGUUGAACGGAGCAUCGUCACUUGUAACUUUUUUCGACUGUGGAACAAGGAAAGAGUGUUUGGGAGAGAAAAUAAAGGCAACAAAAAGGUAUGGCAGCGACUUUACCAAGAACCCUUGGAGAGUUGCAGCUCUACCGCAUUCUUCAAAGAGCCAACCUGCUGUGUUACUACGACGCUUUCAUCCAGCAGGGCGGCGACGAUGUUCAGCAGCUGUGCGAGGCCGGUGAGGAUGAGUUCCUUGAGAUCAUGGCGCUCGUGGGUAUGGCCAGCAAGCCCCUACACGUCAGACGCCUACAGAAAGCACUGCGUGACUGGGUCACAAACCCUGCCCUUUUCAAUCAACCCCUCACAUCCCUGCCCGUCUGCAGUAUUCCUGUCUAUAAGCUACCCGAGGGGUCACCUACAUUGUUGCCUGGUAACGGCGCCCGUGGUGAAGCUCAAAGUGUGAAAGUGCCCAAAUGUUUGGCGACUGCUUGCGUAGACCCUGGAAAAGGAGAAGCGGGUAACGGAAGUUCUUCUGCGACAGUUUCGCCCCUCCAGAGCGGCAGCGAGCCGCGGUUUUGGGCCAGUCACGGCACGGAGAGCGAGCACAGUCUGUCCCCUGCAGAUCUGGGCUCACCGUCUUCUCCUCGGGAUGGGCUGGAGGUGUUGGACGUGGCUGCGGUACAGUCCGUGGCGGAGUGCGUGGAAAGAAUCUCACAGACUUUGCCUAAGAGUGACCCAGGAGAGGUUAAAGAACUGUUGAAGGGAAAUAAGAAGUUAGCCAAAAUGAUCAGCCACAUCUUUGAUAUGAGUGAGGAAGAUCCCCAUAGAGAAGAGGAGAUUCGCAAGUAUAGUGCCAUUUAUGGCCGAUUCGACUCGAAACGAAAAGAUGGAAAGCAUUUAACGCUGCACGAGCUCACAGUGAACGAAGCCGCAGCCCAGCUCUGUAUGAAGGAGGUGGCAUUGCUGACUCGCAGAGAUGAGCUUUUUGGACUGGCGCGUCAGGUCUCCCGAGAGGUCACCUAUAAAUACACCUACAGAACCAGCAAAUCUCGAUGUGGAGACAGAGAUGAGCCGUCCCCAAAGAGGAUCAAAACAGAAGAGGGAUGUUUUGACCUUCAAGAGGCGCUGCAGGCAAUUCACAUGCGCCAGGAGACCCUUAAGGAGCAGUUAGCCCACGCAAGAUCUAAGGGAGAGGAGACGGUUGGGCGGAACAUCCAGGUUCAGCUGGAGCGUCUGCUGGCCAAACAGAUGGAGAUCCUGCAUGACGCCGCGGCGCAGGACAGACUCCAGGCUCUGGAGUGGAGGGUUCCACCGGGACCGUACAAACACAGCGGAGACAGACAAAAAAGUAAUGGGGUAUCCACCGAUAAAAGUACCGAACAGGGUGAGCGACCGCUGAAUCUGAGGGUGACCGGUCAGAGGACAAACACGUCUGAUGGGGAGACGCCUCUUGGAAAGCAGCUGGCCAAUGAGUUGAAGAGGCAUCACCAAGCUAAUAUAGAGAGCAAGACAUCAGGAGCCACAGAAAAUGGAGGAGACGCCUCUUCACGUGCCCUCAAUCUCUCAGAGAAGAAGGUCAUCAAAUCAGAACCAGAGGAUUCCAGAUAGCAGCCCUGAAUACUUUUGUGUCGACCCUGUAAUGAUACACACGUCGUCUGUCAGUGAAUACUAACCAAGCACAACUACAGUAGAGCCUUAAAAACCAAUGUUGCCUCAAAAUAGAGUUUAUUUUAGUUUCUCACCGUUUUUGUUUUUGCCAAAGCACCUAGAGCCCUUAUUUGCAUUCACCUGAGUAGAUUCACACUGUUUGUGCCGUCACUGACGUUUAAUUCUUGUCGCUGUCCGCUAGGUCUCCAUACUUGUUUUUCUCCUCACGUUCUUUUUUAUUGGUGUGGACCGUGAAGUCCGCUUUUUGUAAAUACAAAGAAAAUGUCUGUUUGAAAACAAUGUUAUUUAAAUACAGUAUGUGUCGUAUGUAUAUAUGAAUGCAUGUAAAAAUGGGAGUUUCUCCGAACGGGGAGGGACACAGUGUUGUUGUCUUAAAACUUUUUAGUAUGCAGCUGUUAGUAGUCACCUAUUUAAGUGAGUAUCUUAAAUUUGAAUUUCUCGAAAGCCCCCGUGAAGUCGUUCGAUGAGCAGAGUUUUCUUUUCUGCUCAUGUCUGCUUAUUUAACAAAUUGCAGUUUGUAUUUGGAAAAGAGACGUUCUCAUUUUAUAACACAUUUGUUAGGGCCAACAUAUCCCAGACAGCAGACGUCUUCGUGCCGGAUCCAACCCGGAGCUGCUUACUUCGGCGCGGAUCCUGCCCCGAAUCGUCACAAAAUCUUCCCAGAAAUGAAAGAUUCCCAGAAAUAAAAGACUGUAUUUCACGGGGUCUGAGAGUCUAGGUAGUUGAUUUUCCGCUCUCUAUCAGAGUUGCUAAAGAAUCUGAAUUUUAGUCUCUACUAUGGUGCUAUGGUUGCACAGGGAGUCUGUGGUACUUACCCAUUGCUACUUAAACACUGAAAUCUUUGAACUGAAAUCUUUGGGUUUCCUUGUUAUCUUGAAUGAAUAGUUAUGCUUGAUUUAUUCUGGUUGUUAAGAUACUAAGCACAAGUAAUAUAUUUCCUAUCUCUACAUUCUUACUGUGCGUGCACACCACCAGCGACUCCUCUUGUCUUUUUUAAAGAGGUUGUUAGGAGGUGUUCCUAAUUCUGGUUGUCCUACUAACUACUAUAAACAAAUGAGUAACCAUCCUCUCAGUAAAUGACGGAAAAUGUGACCUUCACCGUUUUACUGUGCAUUUAAACCAGACGCGGUAGAGACAGCAAAAAUGCGAUAUUCGCACGUAGAUGGACGCUUGAUCAUUUUGAGUUUACUCGCUUCAUUCGGCAUGAAAGCCGCACGUGAAAUUCUAGUCAUUCGAGACAUUUAUGCGGACAUUUGCGUCAUCGGAUGGGCUUCUGUGACUCCGCUCGCUUCCUGUAAUUAUGUCACUACUAGAACACGCUCCUGAUUGGUUAACGCGGCGCGAAUAUCUUCAGAAUUUUCAAUUCUGGGACUCAUUUCCUGUGAUCACGUCACUACUAGAGUGUUUUUUUGGCAAAGUUCAGAGAUUUCAACUGGCAAGUUUCCCGCGGCAACUCUCAAUUUACGGCAUUCGCCCGAACUAGAUGCACAUAUGGGGCGGAAUCGCAUCUACAGCGACGCGCUAAACGGCUCAUUUGUGCCGCAAGACCUCCAGACGCGCGUCAACGCGUCGUUACAUUGACUUCCCUACUGAAAAAUCCAGCUACGACCAGCAUAAGCUGGUGAGCUGGUUUUGCUGGUGUAGGAAGCUGGUUUUGCUGGUGUAGCAAGCUGUUUUUGCUGGUGUAGCAAGCUGGUCUAGCUGUGUUUGGGUCACUUUUUAAGCUGGUCUAGCUGGACUUAGCUGAUCAGGCUGGAAGACCAGCUGGCCCACCAGCAUGACCAGCUUUGUCAGGCUGGGAGGACCAGCGUAAACCACCUUAAACCAGCUAAAACCAGCUACCAGCUUAUUCUGGUCUUAGCUGGAUUUUUCAGUAGGGUUAACAUUGAAAUCCCUUGCGCUUGCCACCUCUUCCGUGUCUGGUGUGAACGCACAGUAACUGGGUUUACACCAGACCAUUUAAGGUGUCAAAUUCGCGUCUACCACGUGUAGUUGGACGCUUGAACAUUUUGAGUGUACUCGCUUCAUUCUCGCGUGAAAGCCGCAUGUGAAAUUCUAGUCAUCAUUCACACGGAAAUUUGCGUCAUGGGAGGGGCUUCUGCGACUCCGCUAGCUUCUUGUAAUCAUGUCACUACUAGAGCAAGGUCCUGAUUUGUUAACGCGGCACGUUUUUCCGCCAAAGUUCAAAUUUUUCAACUCGCGCGUUUCCCGCGGCAACACUCAAUUUGCACCAUUCGCACGAACGAGGCGGAAUUGCGUCUACUGCGCCGCGCUAAACGCCUCAUUGGCGCCGCGAGACCACCUUUACUUUGACAUAACAUUGAAAUCGCUUGCCGCCUCUUCCGCGUCUGGUGUGAACGCACAGUAACACUUCACUCGCGAACGCUUUCCUGUUCUCAACUUUGUCGCGUUGCUGGACACGCCCGCUUCCUGUCACCAAAAAUCACUAAGCAUUGAAGUGAAUGAGAUUGAGUCGCUCCGCCGUUGCUAGUUGCUGGCGUUGUGCACGCAGCUUUACGAGUGAUACCUACAAAAUGCUAACACAGAAAAUCACGUUUGUGAAGUAAAGUAACAGUUCCCGUCCUUAGACAUACUAGUACUGUAAAUAGUUCAAACACAUUAACAAAUGACUGGAGGGCUUCAUUAUUGCACCGUUUCAGUCUAUCACACAGAUAAACACAUAAUCAAUGUAUUGUAAUUUUAAAUAUAUGGUAGUAGAGCAAUACCGGGUAGCUGUUGUCACUUAACUCAGUGAACGUGUCUAGUCGUCCCAGUCUCGAAAUACACUCUUUGUACAGUAUUUCUACUCUGUUUGUUAGUGUAAACAUAGUCUUAGAUUCGACGUGCAAAUGUAUGUGAAACUGAUAUGCACUAUAGUGUUUUAUUCUUAAAAUUUGCAUCCUACAUUUCUCGUGUUUUUUAACAGUGAUGCGUGUUUUUUUGUGACUUGUACCGUAAUAUCUGCCUAUUAUUGGUUUGGCCUUGAGUUACACUCUUUCUGUAGUUUCAGAGUACCACGUAGGAUGAAGUAGGCACAAGAUAAUCAGGUUUUCCACAGUUAUAUGUUUGUAACGUACCGGUCAAGCUGUUAUAUAAUCUGUAUUUGUGUCAAUGACAAAUACCUCUCUCUGUCGGUACAAGAGACCGAUUUGAACGUCCUGAUCAUACACUUCAGUAUUUCGAUGGAAUAUGCGGAGAUGUGCUCGUCUGUGCUUUUGUUUUUUUUUACUUUAAAAGACUAAAGAGAUCUUAAGUAUGCAAAAUCUUAAUUUAAGUGCCAUUUUAGAUAUAUUUUUGAAUGUGUGGUAAGCGAGUGUGGUUGUAAUCCAAGGAUUACAAGAUAUUGAGAGUAUGAUGAGUGUUAUAAUGGUGGAUUAUAAAAAACUUUAUGAUUGUGUGAACAUUUAUCUGCAUUUUCAACUUUUUGCCUUAGUUUAAAGCAUUCCACAUUUAAAGGGCACCUAUUAUGCAAAAUCCUCUUUUACAAGGUGUUUGGACAUAAAUGUGGCAGUGUGUGAACACAAAAACACAUUCUCUCCUUCUUUUUUAAUCUCUAUUAAACCAAAGCAGUCUCAUUAGACAUGCCGUUUUGAUUCUCUUGUUAAUGUGACGUCACACAAACAAAGCCCCGCCCACAGCCACUGACUUGGGUUCAUUUUACCCAAAAGAUUUUCUAAAUGUGUUUGUUACAACAUUGAUAGGCUAAUGUGGCUAAAGAUACUAGUAUAUUCACAUGAAUCUCGUCUAUUUUUAACCAAAAGUGGUAAGGGAGUCAGGCAUUUAAAGGUAUACACAGCGCUUUUUUGCUUCCACCCAAAUUUUGCAUUUUGGACAUGCUAUAACAAACGAUCUGUGGGCUAUUUUGAGCUGAAACUUCACAGACGCACACCUGAAUCUUAUAUUACAUCUUGUAAAAAUCGGCAUAAUAUAUGCCCUUUAAGGUAUUCAGUUAACCAAGAGCUGUUUCUGUAAAGGUGGUAGUUUAUUUUGGAUGCGUGUUGAGAUUCGGAAGUUGUAUGAACAUUGAGGCUUUAACACUUUGCAAUAUUAAGCACCAGAUCACAAGUUAGUUGAGAAAACCAAAAAAGUGGUCAGUCUUACAAUGGAAAAAUCUCACAUCUGAUUGGACCUCGCAGAUAUCACAGUUACCAAUGACCUAUAUAACAAGACGUAUCUAGACGCCUACUUUUGUUCCUUGCUUGUCUCUAACCACUUACAGAAACCAUCAGUCUUUCUCUAAUCUUUGUACUCGCUUUGUGUAAUAGACUUAUGCAUUCUGUGGGAUAAAGCUGUGUGUUGUCAGUAAAACUUGUUCUCAUUAACUUUGAGUAGAGGGUACAUUAGGAUAUGCAUACAGUAGUCCUGCACAUAUUGUUUUGUAAACACUAAUAUAUUUAAUUUGUUAUACAGCACAUGAACAUUAAACUCUAUUUUUUUGAGA